AUGGCGCCCCGGAUACAGAGCCGUCGCGUGUCCAACGCCCUUCUUCCCUACCUCACAUCCCCCUCAUCUUCCUCCUCAGUAUCCUCUAUCCCCUCUCUUUCCUCCUCACAAUGCCUUCCUCGUCAGUUUUCGGUCACGGCAGCCCCCCAGACCAAGCUCCGGAGGCAAAUGUUCGAGUGGCUCAACACCUCAGGAUCUGUUCUCAAGCACCACACUCCUGGCCAAACAAAUUACUUGAGAAAUUUUUUGAAUGACGAGGGAGGCGGCGACCGGCCUUUUCCGAGCAACCCAACCUUUGUCAGCGAGAACAUUCUGAGUGAGGAGUUGCGGAACGAGAUCUAUGCCCUGGUCGUUGAGAAGAAAAAGAGCGUGCGUGCUGUCAGUGUUCAGCUUGGUGUUGACAUGAAGCGGAUCGCGGCGGUGGUGCGAUUAGUCGAGUUGGAGAAGAGACAACGGGCACAGGGUAAACCUCUUGCCUUGCCAUAUGCCCGCGCGGUCCACGAGAUGGUUCCGACCACUCCGCUAGCCCAGGAUGGCGAGCGCCAACAAUUCCACGAACCCAUUAACGAUCUCCCUGCCCACCCCUCAACUGGCCCUCAGAUCUUCUACCCCGUGCCCGAGUCGCGAUCCUUCACUCGUGUUGACGCUGGUCGUGUCUUCUCUGGUGCACCUGCUCUGGAGCGUGAGGUUGCGGAGAAGAUUACACACCCCUCAGACCUUGCCGAAAAGGCCAUUGAGAACCCCAACUCCAUCGAAUGGGUUGGUAAGGGCGACAACGCUCGUCAGGUCCUACAGCCUGCCGAUGUGCGUAUCCCCCACCCGCAGCUGGUGAAGCUGGAACUUGACCGCGCUGCCCACCCUGAGGAGCGUCGCGAGGUUGGCAAGAGGCAUGCCGAGCGUAUGGAACGUCAAGAGAAGGCUGAGCAGGAGCGCCGUGAGCGAGCUGCCGCCCGCCGUGAGAAGAGCAUCAAGCACGUUGAGCCCGAGGGUGGUCGGUUUGACUACCGCUUCUCGGAAGCCGUGUUCACUGCGGAGACCACCGGAAAGGACGGACGCGCUCCCUGGGCACCUGGUCGCCGCUAUGGUGUACCUACCCAAGACCGUAAGCGCGGCAUGAUUAAGAUCCCAACUCGUGUGGAGGCUUAA